AUGGCUGUGGACAGGUUAACUCUAGUAGGUAAUCCAACCAGCUUCGCUAAUAGGAAUCCCAAAUGGAGGCUUACAGAUGUGAUCCUUUUAUUCACUAUGAUGAUCCUAUGCUAUCCGGUCUAUUACCAGGAACCCUUCCAAAGACAAUUCUAUCUUAAUGAUUUAACCAUAUCUCAUCCAUAUGCAGAUCCACAACGAGUCAGUGACUUUAUGUUAUUUGUCUAUUCUCUCUUCCUUCCAUUGGUAGCUAUUAUCAUAUUUGGACUGAUACUCGCUGAUCCAAAACAUAGGGGCUUUUUAAUUUACAUCUCUGUAUUGGGACUUUUUGUAUCAUGGUUUUCAACCACGUUAAUUACCAAUUUUAUCAAGAAUUGGAUAGGAAGAUUAAGACCUGACUUCUUAGCACGUUGUCAACCUAAGCCGGAUUUGCCAACAGAUGUUUUAUUUACGGCUUCCGAAGUCUGUACAACAGAAAAUAGGGCAAUCUUAAUGGACGGGUUUAGAACUACUCCAUCUGGUCACUCCAGUCAAAGUUUUGCCGGUUUGGGGUAUCUGUAUCUAUGGUUAUGUGGGCAAUUACUGACCGAAAAUAUAUUGACUGGAUAUUGGAGGAAAGUAUUUGCUCUAAUGCCAUUGCUAGGAGCAUCUUUGAUUGCAUUAUCAAGAACUCAAGAUUAUAGACACCAUUUCGUUGAUGUCCUGAUAGGUUCUAUCCUAGGAUACGUGAUCGCACAUUUUUGCUAUAGAAGAAAUUUUCCAGCCAUCGAUGAAGAAAUUCCUUUUAAACCACUUUUGGAUGAUUCAGAUGUGACCUUGAAUAUACCACCAGCACCUGCUCCGCUUCCUGAUGAAGAAUUACAUCCAUUGACGGAGGGAGCUACUGCUGUGCCUGAUGAAAUACAGGCCAAUAAUUAA